AGAGCGCUACGGCAACAGGGGAGGGGGUGUGACCCUGCCAGCUAUCCGCGGCAGUAACCGGUGAGAGCUUUGCAUUCGUACUUAGUGAGCGACGCUCCACGACUUCAGAGGGAACUUCAUUCGUUUUCAACGAGUGUUACAGCGGCUCGUUUUAAAGGUUCUUCAUUUCCUGACCCGAUGAGCUAGCGUGCAAGACAUUUUCUCUUUUAGCUGUGCUUUCUGACAUACUGUUCAUGUACGGUGACUGCUCAUCUUUUGUGGAACUUUGAAAGCUGUCGUGGAGCACAUGACACUACAUCAUGGGCGAUGGUAAAUGUGACACUCAGUUUUAUAGUGUGCAAGUCGCCGACUCUACCUUCACCGUCUUAAAAAGAUACCAGCAGUUGAAACCUAUAGGUUCUGGGGCCCAAGGGAUUGUUUGUGCUGCAUUUGACGUUAUUCUCAAUAUAAAUGUUGCUGUCAAAAAGCUUAGUCGGCCAUUUCAAAACCAGACACAUGCAAAGAGGGCAUACAGAGAGCUUGUUCUUUUAAAAUGUGUUAAUCAUAAAAAUAUUAUUAGUUUGUUAAAUGUUUUCACCCCACAAAAGUCACUGGAAGAGUUUCAAGAUGUGUACUUAGUCAUGGAACUGAUGGAUGCUAACUUGUGCCAAGUUAUACAUAUGGAACUAGACCAUGAACGAAUGUCCUACCUUCUCUACCAAAUGCUGUGCGGUAUUAAGCACCUGCAUUCCGCUGGCAUCAUCCACCGAGAUUUAAAACCCAGCAAUAUAGUAGUAAAAUCGGACUGCACGUUGAAGAUUCUGGAUUUUGGGUUGGCGAGGACAGCGUGCACUAAUUUCAUGAUGACUCCUUAUGUGGUGACGCGGUAUUACAGAGCGCCGGAGGUUAUCCUUGGAAUGGGGUACAAAGAGAAUGUGGAUAUCUGGUCUGUCGGGUGCAUUAUGGCAGAAAUGGUUCUCCACAAAGUCCUGUUUCUUGGAAGGGACUAUAUUGAUCAGUGGAAUAAAGUAAUUGAACAGUUAGGCACACCUUCACCAGAAUUUAUGAAGAAACUACAGCCAACGGUGAGGAACUAUGUUGAAAACAGACCAAAGUAUCCAGGUGUCAAGUUUGAAGACCUCUUUCCUGACUGGAUUUUUCCUUCAGAAUCGGAAAGGGAUAAAUUAAAAACAAGUCAAGCUAGAGAGUUGUUAUCCAGGAUGUUGGUAGUAGACCCUGAUAAGCGAAUAUCUGUAGAUGAAGCUUUGCAUCAUCCAUAUAUUUCCGUUUGGUAUGAUUCUGCUGAAGCUGAAGCACCUCCUCCUCAAAUUUAUGACUCUCAGUUGGAAGAAAGAGAACACACUAUAGAAGAGUGGAAAGAGCUUAUUUAUAAAGAAGUAUUGGAUUGGGAAGAAAGAAGCAAGAAUGGAGUUGUACAUGAAGACCAUUCAGAUGCAGCAGCAGUGAACAGCAAUACCAGUCCAUCUCAGUCGUCAUCCAUCAAUGACAUCUCGUCUAUGUCAACUGAGCAGACACUGGCUUCAGACACUGACGGCAGUAUUGAUGCAUCCGCUGGUCCCAUUGACGGAUGUCGGUGAUCGUACAGAUAACUGUAGACUAUUCUUUCUGAAUAUUCUGGGCCUGACUUGCUUGCAUUAAUGGAACCAGUAAAAGAACACUCUGCAGCCACCUUCUAACGCAUUCUAUAAUGGUGUCACAGUGUCUUCACCUGCUGUCCUGUUUGCUUUGUGUGCCCCACAGACUUGGUAAAGAUUUUCAGUUUUCGACAAAUUGACAUUUACAUCCUGUGGUGCCCUGUUGGUUCAUCUGCUUUGUAAUCUUCAUGAAACAGAGCAUGUUCAUUUUACUGUAACAAAGUAAGAUCCUGUAUAGGAGACUGUUCAAGGUGUAAGUCCUUAUGGUCAUGAAAAUAAUUAUAAAAAUUCACCUCUUCUCUCAGACGUUGUAUCUCCAUUGGAACUUACAAAAAGGCUGUUUUGCAUAUUAUGUAAAUUAGAGGGGGUGUCUGCUCUGUUGCUUUCGGACUGCUUCCUUAGGUUGUACUUCACAGAAACAUAGCAAGAGGCAGUUGAAAAUGUAAACAUGUUCAUGUGACCUGUUACCACCUCCGUUGUGUGUGUGGGUAGUGUAAAAUUAUGGCACCCACUGUUUUAAAAGAAUGCAAUAACUCUGUGCAUGUGUGUCAGUCUGUAUUUUAUUGAUAUUUGUAUUGUUGCACUGAAUUUGAAAUCUAGCACUUUGUGUCAUAUGUCUGUACUCUAUGUAACACAGAAAGCCACCUGUUUUUACAGAAACAGAGCAAGACUUUAGUCUGGUGAUCCAGGGGUAGCAGCAGCUCUGUACUGCUUUUCCUAAGGUCUGACAUUUUUUAAUUGUGGAAGCGGAUCAUUUCCGCGAACCUGUUUUUCUUAAAUAAGUGUAUCCUGCACUUCUUGGUCAGAUUCUGCAGUGAUUUGUUGUAUCUUAUUUCUCUCUGUAACUUCAUAUCAAAACCUUUUUGGUGCUAUGAGUGAGUGCUGAUUCUUUCCAUAAGCUGCUACUUGUUGGUUGUCCCUCAGAUAAUGGGCUGUUUUUGACCAGUUUUGAAGUGGUAUACAUUGGUGAAAGUCUUGUUCUUCUCCAUUGGAACACCAUCUGUAGACUAUGCAACACUCUGUAAUUAGAUUCUACAAGCAACCAUGGAUACUGUCACGUGGUAUGUUUUUGUAGCAAAUUCCCUCUCUGCAGCAAGGAUAGCCUGAUUGCCAGAACAUUCUUAACACUAGAUUUUAAUAACUGAGCACACAGAGUUUGAGCUGCAGAACUUUUUAAAAGUAAUUUUAGUAUGAUAAUCUUGCUGCUUAAUGCUGCCCGUAAUUUCUGACAGCAUUAGGAAAACCUAAAUAAUUUUAUCAACUACUUCAUUCUGUGCAUUAUUAAUACAAGUUCUGCAACUACUACAGUAAAUAGAGUGGCACAUCUUAUAACACAGGUCAGUUGUAUAGAUUUUAUGUUAGUUUUUAAAUGUUUUUCUCUCUUCAUUUUGAGUUUACAUGACAAUGUUGUAACUGAAGGAGAACUGUUAUCCAGUCUCCCUCAUGAGUACUUGAAAGCGGGACAUGUACUUCUGUCUCCGUUUGCUAGACAGUGUGCUGACUGAUUACUGUUAUCUACAUGAAGCAUCACACCGUUAGCCUGGUUUGCUUAGUUCAGAAGUUAAUUGAACGUAAAGCAGAUUGCUGCAGAGUUACAGUGGCAUUUAUUUAGGAGUGUCGUUGUUUGGCACAUAACCAUGACUGUACUCCUUUAGGAUAUGUUUAUCCCAUUUUCAUAAUUAAGCCAGAAAUUCAAGUAUCUGUAAUUAAAAUUCACUUCUGUGGUUAUUGUACAUAGUGUAAUAACUGUAUUAAUAUUAGGGAGGCAAUUGUGUUUUUUUUCUGCUGAAAGUCUUCUGUGAAAGAAAUGUAAAGAUAUUGUUGUACAAAAUGAAAUGCCCACAAUGCUGUGCUUUGUAGUCAGCCUAAUGAUCCAUUUCAUUUCUGACAUGAACUCUGAAGAUGGUAUUGUACAAAAUGAAAUGCCCAUGAAAUUGUGCUUUGAAGUUGGCCUCAUGAUUGUUUACAACAGACAUGGAAGACUGAUAGUGAACAGAUCUCAAACUGCACCACACAGCCUAUUAAUGCAGCUUAAAGUUUCUUUAGAAACCAAGUGUUUAUCUAAUCAUGGAGAAUGUCUUGCAUAUGUUGAGUCCUACAGAUUGCUUGAAAAAGAAAUGCAGAAGUUUGAAAAACCUGAUCUGAAUUGUGUUGACGGCCAUAAACCCAGGCCUGCUGUAAAUCUGAGGAGUGAGGCUAAUAAGAACAGUGUUUAAAAAUAAACAGUUUUAUGUA